ACACGCAAACCAGAUGCGUUUAUAGAGCACAGUAGUGAAAAGUUUGCACCCAAAAAAAAAAAAAAAAAAAGAGAUAGACGAGCGGAUGCCCUAGCUCUCCGUCGGCGUCUCCUUGUUCCUUUCGAUUGUGGACUUGCCGUGCGUCUCCUCUUUUGGCUUAUCACACCUCUUACUCGCAUCAGCUUCACUUCUCUCUUCUCCAUGGCUCCAAAGAAAAGGAAAGCUUCUGCUAUCGAAUCAGAGGAGGGAUCUGAGGAAAUUGCUUGGAUAGAGAAACAAAAAUUGCCCAGCGGAUCAUCUCCUGUUUUGUGGGAUUCCAAGUAUGCAUCAAGUUCUGAUGAAGAAUUUGAAGGAUUCUUCGACAGUAGUAAUCUCUUCCUCUCUGAUGUGCAUAAGUCAACCUCUAAUGCAGAUGUCUUGGGGUUCUUUCAAGAUUUCAAGUGCGACGUGGUUUCAAGGGAUGUCCAGAAAGACAAGAAAUUGUCUUUUGUAGUUCGUUUUUCAUCUCAUGAAUUAGCAAUGGCAGCUUUAGAAAAAUAUAAAGAUGUUAAAUUGGAGGGACGGACUAUUAGUCUUACCCGGUCUACAGACUCGAGGUACAAAACUUUUCGCAUCAAAGGUUUCAAGAACACACUAGCUCCAGCUAUCAAACUUCAACAAGUGAAAGACAUAUAUGGUAGAUUUGGAAGUUAGUGAAGUGUUUAAAAUGGAGCAUGGACCCAACAA